CAUUCUGAAGAUUUAUCUGGUUCACUUCCUCUUUCCGCACGAAACACAUUGUUUACAUUUUAAGAAACUGGUAGAAUGCAUCACAGCGUGGCGCUCACUGUAUUGGUUUUCUGCUUGUCAGGGUACGGACUAGUACAUUGCGAUGAUCCCUCGGUAAAUGGCAACGGAAAUGCCGGUUCUUCAGGGCAGAACGACCCCUCUUCGCUGGAUAUAUUCGGACGGUUUAGCACCUUCUCGGCUCUGUUCUCGGCUUUGUUCGCCAACAACGGAACCUCCAUGACCUUUAACGUUAUUCCCAAACCGAGUCCAGGAGAUCAGCCGAAUCCAAGCAGCCCCGGUGAUUUCUGUCAAGCUACGUUGAUUCCCAACGCGGGACCGUUCUACCCAAAAACCUGUACCGAAAUCGUUUUCACCGUUGUCACCACAGGUUGUCCAUCGUAUCGGGCAUUCUACCAGAUGUCGGGACUUCCAUGUGCCCAGAUGCUGGGUGACGGAUCCGUUGCCUUCAGUCCGGAAAAGUAUGGCCAGUGCAUUGUGGGACCGGGUAUCGUCUACAACGGCAGAGUAUUUGGAAUGGACACCGAAACCAAAUCCACCUUCGCUGAUUACCAAAUCACGGUUGAUACCACCAACCUGCAGAACGGGUGUGGUGGAGUUCCCCAGGAGGCUACAACGGACAGUUUCCCAGUUCCGGAUCCGGUAAUUUCGCCGGCACAAGACUACUAGGUUCGCCCAACGCCGUCACUUGUCAGCGAUACGGGGAAACCGUAUCCGUUUUGGAAAAAUGCUUCGGAUUUAAACUUGCAAGCGGAUAUAUUGUGAAGAUGCUCUACCAUUUUCAGAUAUUGUGAAAACUGUCGUGUGGGAAAUGCAAACUCAACGUCAUCGUAAUGCUAAAGCUAGCCUAGCUGUAAGAACAAAACAUGAAAAUACACUGAA